GUAAAGCAGCCGCUAGCUUGACAGAAAGUAUCUUAGGCUGAGCUGGCUGUUGGUUGGGGCUGUUUUGACUCCGCUCGCUGUUCCCCAUCGACGUCCUUCUCUACGUGGAAGCUGGUCGCUCUCGUCGGGGAGGUUUCCACACACCGAGGCGGAGGCUGAACACACCGAUCUGCUUCAAGCAGAACCGAUCAGAAGAACCCAGAAUCUGCUGAUCUGACGCCAUGGACCCAGCCAGUCAAGAUAUCAACCUGAACUCUCCUAACAAAGGCAACAGCAUGGAUCGCUCAGACAACAUUCCCGACGUUCAGGCGGAGGGCGCGGCGGCGGCGGCGAACUCGGCUCACCCUCUCCCACCCGGCCUGACGGAGGAAGAGGCCGAGGAGCUCCACCUUGAACUGACGAAGGUGGAGGAGGAGAUCAACACGCUGCGCCAGGUUCUGUCUGCUAAAGAGAGGCAUGCCUCUGAGCUGAAGAGGAAACUGGGUCUCAGUCCGCUCAACGAGCUCAAGCAGAACAUCACCAAGAGCUGGCAGGACGUCCAGACCUCACAAGCCUACGUGAGAACCACAGAGAAACUGAGCGAGUGGAAUGAAAGGGUGACCAGUUCAGAUCUAUAUCUGUCUGCCUCAGCCACUUUGGAUGACAUUGCCCACUCUGAAGCAUACAAGAAAACCCAGGAGACUCUUUCUGAGGCCGGAUCGAAGACGAGCGCCGCUCUCAACACGCUGGGCACGGCCAUCAGCAGGAGGCUGGGCGACAUGAGAGCUCUGCCUUUCUCUAACUCCUUUAGUAGCAACUAUUCCAUUCGCCACUCCAUAAGUAUGCCCGCCAUGAGAAACUCUCCAACCUUCAAGUCGUUUGAGGACAAAGUGGGAAACCUGAAGCAUAAGGUGGUGGGACCCAGAGGGAACGGAGACGCCGUCAGCUCCCCGACCGACACCACCCCGACUCGGGAGCACCCGCCCUUCGAGAACCCGCCCUUCUGAACCCACCGCACCGCCUCCUCAUCCUCGCUGCCAUCUUCCUCACGACCUCAGACUGUACUGUUAUGGAGCCCUGACCUCUGACCCCUUCAGCAACACUCUGCAUUUUGUCCUACGAUCUGUAAAUCCUGUUAUCAUCUCGCAUUAAAAUAAUAAUUUUGAGUCAGAAAUCAGAAAAAGAAACUAAAAAUGUUGCGUUUUUCCUUCUUUUUGAACAUCUGUGAUCCUCACUGAAAGUUAAAAACUUUCACUUUUCCUUCUCUCACACUGUGAGCACAUAUUCUGUCCGUUUCCUCUUUAAAUGCAGAUUUUUGCUUCUGAUUGAGGAAAUCUUCGGUCUCAGCAUGUUUGUCUCACCUCACAAACCCUGCAAGCAGCCACAUCACACCUAAAGAAACUCACAAAAAACACCCAAGUUGUAAAAACUGCACCCAUUUUGUAUUAUAAACUAUUUUACACUGCUUUGCAUAACGUUUUUACAUAAUUUUUAUCAAUAUGUAUAAAUAUAUAUGACUAUAUUAUAUCGUCGGUGGUAGUAAUCAGGGUUGACAGCAGGUAAUAAACACUAGUGGGUCAGUUUUUCUCAGUUCGUUACACUAAUCAAACCAAAGCAACUGGGAAUAAAAAUAAAAACUGGUUUUAAUUUCAACAUUUUCUCCAUUAAUCCAACCCUGGUUUGUUUCUGCUCUUCUCGUCUGCUCAGAUUUAGCUUAAAGAGGAAAACUUUACAGGUUUUCUUCAUUUUGGUGUCAAUUUAGAAAUAUCUCACUCUGCUUUUUGCCAACUGGUAUGUGAAUGUACACAAGUUAGCUGCUGCUAGCAAAAACAAACUAAAUUUAAUGGCUAAAAAAUGCAGAAAAUAUGUUUGUUUUUUUCUGAGCCUGAUUUAAAAAAGGAGGAAUUCAUUUUGUUUUGCUCAAACAAACUUUGCAUUUGUACCAUUUUGAAAUAUUUUCCUGCAGCUUUUCUCUUCCCUUAAGUGAAAUGUCUUUUAAGAAUUGGAACUAUAACUUCUCAUCAAACUGCUUUAAGUCUAUUUUGUUGUUACAUUUUUAUUUUAUUUUAUUUUUGGUAGGUUAGAUUUUGUUUUUCGAGAACUUGUACGCCUUCAGCUGAAGUUGCCAACGUUUGAAUUGUCUGUUACAGAAUUUUCUUUUCCAAAUGAGAAAAAAUGUGAUUUAGUUGGAAAUGUUUUCCCCACUGACUUAGAGGAUUUAGAUGAACCUUUUCUGCAUUUAUUUGUAUUUUUGGAGACGGCCAAACGAGAACGGUGUACCUUUAUCUUUUUUUGUUUUGGGUGCCAAGGGAAGUGCAGCUUUACUCACUUUUUGUCCUGUCUUCGUCUCUGACUGGAAAGGGAUGAGAUUUGGGAAAUCAUGCUGAAAUAAUUAAAGAUCUCUGGUUUUGUUGUAUAUGUGUAGAGAUCAAUAAAGCAUUCCUUUAGAUGAAAACCUGA